AUGAUGGCUGUCUUUGACACCGGGAUCCAGGGGUACGACGGCAUCAGCCGGAUCGAUCUGCAAUCUUGGGUUCAACUUAGCACCGGCUUUAACAUUGAAGUGCCGUUCGAAGUUCUUCACGCCCUCCAAGGACGCUCCAAGGACUCUGAACUGUUUUUCAAUGCGCUUGGUCCUAACGCACAGCUCCAAGAAGGAGAUCGAGCGGGUUGGGACACAGCCCAUUUGUUCUACAAUUGGAUCCACAUGCUGACCAUCAGCAUGGCCCCGAGACUCAGUCACCUACAAAUGACUCUACCAUUCGGCUCUUUCGAGGAUUUGCAGUCUACCCCUCCCAAGUUUCCACAGAUUCGUGUUUUAACUUAUGGAGAGUUUGACAAAAUACAGGUUGUUGCACGAUCUCUAGUCCAUUUUCCGAACGUAUCCAGCCUUCACAUCCACGGUCACAGCAAUGUUCAGCGAGAGGAGUUUGAGGAUAUUUCCCUAAUUCCCACGCUGAAAAUUUCUAAGCUGUCCAUCUCUUGCGCGCCAGGCGCGCUCUCGUUCUUGCUCCAGUUCUGUCCUCAGUUGGAAGACCUAGAGUACCACGCGGAGCCUUCACGACAUGUCCCCGAGUCUCCUACAAGUCUGAGUUGGCCGACACAGGUCAGAGACAACCUGAGGCGCCUUGCCUGGAGCAACAAAGACUCCAGAGAGAAUUUGUUGAACGACAAUAUAGAAAACGCCUUCAUUCCUCCUCUGCAUGACUUUAACUCCCUGGAAAUUUUGGAAAUCGACUUACCGUCGCUUAUUUUGCACUCCAAGUUGCCCGCAGCAUCCCUGCCAACAUCCCUACGCAUCCUCCAUCUGGCUUUCGCGCGGGACAUUUUUGCGCCUGUUCAGAUCUCGCGCAAGCUGCGGGAACUGACGCGCGCCAAGUCGGCCCAGUUUCCUAAGCUCUCUAUCAUCAAGAUCGACCAGCCCGUGCGCCCUAUGUCAAAGAAAAGGACGUUGGCAGAUGCCAUGAGAAAUGCUGGGGUGGUCAGGCUGAUGGAUGAUGCUGAUAUUCAUUUGAGGUUUGGGUGGGAAAAGCGCUACACUCGGAAGAGGGAAAGAUGCAUUCUUCCACCGCCGCCGGGCGCUGCGGUUAAAAUGAUGUCGGUGUACAGGGACAUUGACUAUCAACGUGAAGUCUUUUCUCUAGAAGAUGUAGAUAUUCCGUAG